UUCGUCUCCCAUCCACAUUGCCAACAACUGCUCACUUCGAUCUGGUAUGAGGGAUUCCCAGGACGACAGCAACGUGGUUCUGCGUGGAAUAUCAUCGUCUGCAUAGCUCUGAUCAUUCUUUGGCCUGUUCUAGCAAUCUGUUAUAUUGUGGGCGGUGGAACAACAAGAGCUUCAGAUCGCGGUCCGCCGCCAACAUUCAUUGAAUCGUUGGUGGUAGCAUGGGUUCUAGCUUCGCUCGGAUCAUCUACUUGUUCCAGACUAAUCCGUACCUCGGACCGUUACAGGUAUUACGACCCGGACACACCAGUGUGCAUGACACCCGACGAUUGUACGCUUGAAUCGAAUGUGUUCUCAUCUAUCGCCGACUCGUACCUCACACUUCUAUGGUCAUUGUUUUCAAUCACCAAAGUGGAGGAUACCGAUGUUGCUGAGGUUGGCGCUGACUGA